AUGGAGCCAUUGUACUGGGGAGGCGAAAGGGUUGCGAAUGCAGAUCAGGGCUUCCUUCCCAAUCUCCAAUUUAAUCCGCCUCCUUUGCAUCCUCUUUCUCUCCCUCCCACUCUCCCACUCUCUAUCGCCCUCUCCACCUUCUCCAACGGCGGCUGCGACACCCCUUCAGCAGUCCUUCCCUUCACCUCUCUCCAUCCCCGGUCGCCGCUUGCACACUUCGCUCUUUUUCUUAUCGCCCGCAAGCAUCAUGACACGUACUGGGGCUCCUUUGAGGAAAUCUCCAAAUACAAUGUGCAACUCAACUACUUUGAGAAGAUGUGGCUUGCCUGGUACACGUGGAUGGGUAACGAUGUUUUGGCGACUGGCAUCAUGUCAUUUGCCAUCCACGAAGUCUUCUAUUUCGGCCGAUCGCUUCCCUGGAUCAUCAUUGACUGCAUCCCAUACUUCAGGAAGUACAAGAUUCAGCAGCACAAAAUUCCCACUGCUUGGGAACAAACACAAUGCGCGGCCCUAGUCCUUCUCUCCCAUUUCACCGUCGAACUUCCCCAGAUCUGGCUCUUCCACCCUAUGUGCCAGUACUUCGGUCUCAAGACCUCCGUUCCCUUCCCUACCCCCAUCACCAUGGCCUACCAAAUCGCCAUUUUCUUUGUCCUCGAGGACGCAUGGCAUUACUGGGCGCAUCGCCUGAUGCACGCCAGUUCUUUCCUCUACAAGAACGUUCACAAGAUCCACCACCAGUACUCUGCUCCUUUCGGUCUUGCCGCCGAGUACGCUUCGCCCAUCGAGGUCAUGGUUCUUGGUUUCGGUUCGGUCGGUGUCCCGAUCCUAUGGUGUGCCAUCACCAAGGAUCUCCACAUUCUGACAAUGUACACUUGGAUCGUUUUCCGUCUCUUCCAGGCCAUUGAUGCCCACAGUGGCUACGAAUUCCCUUGGAGCUUGCACCACUUCUUGCCUUUCUGGGCUGGCGCCGAGCACCACGAUGUUCACCACGAAAAGUUCAUUGGAAACUAUGCCAGCAGCUUCAGAUGGUGGGACUUUGUUCUUGACACCGAGGCCGGUGCUGAGGCGUCCAAGAAGAGGAGAGAGCGCAAGCUCGCAAAGGCCAGAAAGGCCCAGUAA